CGCGUGCGUGGCUAUGACAGUAAUCAGCUGGUUCUUAGUGUAGACAGAUCUGGUCGUGUUCGCCUCGCAGUGCCUCCUCCUUGUUUCUCGCUACUCUUAAUCUACCUCUUACAGCGUCUCUCUAGGACCUCGGUUAUGGACCUGUGAAAUUCCAGCCGUCUGCUUUGCAGUUCAGUUCUCCUACAAGAUAACCCACUCUCCUUUGUGUUGAAUUUCUGAAAGCCAAGAUGAUUGAGAGCCGUGAAUGGGAGUUUCGCGUUUCUUGUAAACUGCAGCCAGGGGAGCAGAUAUGUGUUGUAGGUAACUGUGAUGCACUGGGCAACUGGGACUCACAGAAUGUGGUCCCUCUCUUUGCUGAGCAUCCUCUGCCAGAGGAAGAGGGCGAAGAGCAGGUGUGGUCGGUCUCGGUUCAGAUCCCUCUGACUGAGGUAAAGUAUAGAUACUGUGUGUGCAUCAUCUUGGAAGCACGACCUGGUAUUCAUGAACGUGCUGUUGUUGUGCGAUCAUGGGAGACUAACAUGCUGCCUCGAAGGAUUCCUGGAGGAGAAUCCAACAUUUCUGACCCUUCUAUUGAGAAAUAUGGAUCAUAUGGGGGCUCUGAACGUGUUGAGAGUGGCUGGCUGGUUAGAGAUUCAGUUGUCCAGUUCCGCCUCUGUACCUCAAACUUGCACAACGACCCUGUGAUGCUUUUCAAAAGGAAGUACCAGGAUAAGAAGGUACGCAUCAAGGUGACACCAAAGGAGCUCCACAACAGUAGUCCAGGUGAUCCUCACAAUGGAGUUCCUGGGUCAGAAGAGAGCUCGGACUUUGACAUAUCCAACCUCCAGAUCGACAGCAAGCCCAUCUGGCCCAUCACGGAGGUGGCUGUUAUGAACGAAGAGGAGUGUUUGUUCCACCCGCAGCCACAGUUUGGGGUUGUUUGCAACACUGGGGAGUACAUUGUAUUCCAGUGUCGAAUGCUCAAUAUCGAAACAAAUGCCUUCCUAUGUGAUUUCUAUAUAGAAGAUGGAAAUGAAGAGCUUCCACACUAUCUUGGUUGUUCGUACAUCUUGCCUUCAAAUCUGAAGGAAAACUUCGGAGUGGCAACCCUGCCCAUAACAUCCCCCAAGCACACUGCUAUUGGGCAGCUUACAGUUCACUAUAUGGUUGUGUAUCCAAUGCCAGUCAGAUGUGACAUGAGUGUUUCAUAUGCUCGUCACUGGAAAGACACCUGGAAAGGCUUGGAGGUGGGCCACAGAGGGGCUGGAAAUUCCUAUCACUCUGAGCCAAAAAGUUGCGCAAACAUCCGCGAGAACACCAUCGCAUCCCUCAAAUAUGCAGCAGAAAUAGGAGCAGACAUGGUCGAGUUUGAUGUCCAGCUGAGCAAAGACUUGGUGCCUGUUAUAUAUCAUGAUUUUCAUGCGUGCAUUGCAUUGAAGCGCAAAAAGGAACAAGACAAAACUGACCUUCUAGAAAUACCAAUCAAGGAUCUCACCAUCUCCCAACUGCAAGCUUUGAAAGAUCUGAGUCACCUCAAAGAAGGCGUGCCGUGUGAUGUCCUCUCAUACUGUGAUCACGAAGACAUGGUCUAUCAUAAAACAGAGAAGGGACUGAGUAGGUUUUCGGAUGAGGACUUCGAGGACCACCAGCCUUUCCCAACACUACAGAAGGCCUUAGAGUCUGUUCCUUAUACGUGUGGCUUUAAUGUAGAAGUCAAGUGGACAAUGCAGAUGAGGGACGGAACAUACGAGCUCCAACAUCCUUUUGAGUUGAACCGCUUCCUAGAUCUCAUUAUCGAGUCUAUUCUGGAACACUCAGGCAAGAGGAAGAUCAUCUUCUCAUGCUUCCACCCUGACAUCUGUACUAUGCUGCGCCUCAAGCAGAACCGCUACCCAGUCAUGUUCCUGACACAGGGUAUCUCGGAGGUCUGGCCACCCUAUGAAGACCAGCGCACCACCACCAUCAGACAUGCAGUGCUCUACUCAACCAAUGCAGAUAUUUUGGGAAUAAACGUGCACACAGAAGAUCUGAUGCGUGACCCACAUCAGGUCCAGAUGGCCCUUGAGCGUGCUUUGAUCGUCUUCUGCUGGGGAGACCACAACAACAACCAGGAGAAUAUAAAGUUUCUCAAGAGCAUUGGGCUUCAUGGCAUUAUUUAUGAUAAAAUUGAUGUGUAUAACACGAAAGUCAAGAAGGAAAGUGUAUUCUUAUGCGAGGAAAGAGAGGCAGGAAUAAACUCAAACGGCACCAGUUCUGACAUGCAAGAAGCCAUCCACUCAUAAAGUCACUCCUAUUUAUAUAUAUAUUUAUGUAUUUAUGAUUUGUAUGUAUUAUAUAUAUAUUUAUUUAUGUGUGUAUGUAUGUGUGUGUUUAUUAUGUAUAUGUAUAUGUACAUACACACUUAAAUAUCUGUGUAUACUUUUACAUAUGUUUAAAGUCAAUAGUGGAUGAAGGAAUAGCAGAGAACAUCACAAGAAAAUGGAACAAUGGUGAAGGAUGCAAUGACAAUGUUAUUUCUUCAUGAGCAUAUUCUUUUUUUUCGUUCUGGUUCAGAUAUUUGCAAUUUGCUGUAACCAGCCCAACUCUAUUAAAUAUGGAAGUUGGAUGGAAAGGAUAUAGUGUUUCUCUCUCUCUCUCUCUCUCUCUCUCUCUCUCUCUCUCUCUCUCUCUCUCUCUCUCUCUCUCUCUCUCUCUCUCUCUCUCUCUCUCUCUCUCUCUCUCUCUCUCAUUCUUUUAUUGCUUUCAGUGAAACAUAUUGAAAUGUAUAAUCAGUUUGAUUAUAGUGGAGGUAUUAAUUUGUGUAAUGAAUCUUAUCAAUGUGAAAGUUUAGACCCUAAUUAGGUUUAUGCAACCAUCUUAUUUACUUGAAUACAAGUUGUGCAAGGUUCAGAGAGAGAAUUUUCAGCACUUGUAAUUUAUGCAGAAAAUCUUAGACUACACAUACUACACUGCUUCAAAAACUUGCACCUUUAUCAUAGUCAUUCGGCUGCUAUGCAGUAGAGUUCCAAUAUUUACAUGUUUGCAUGUGAACUUACCAUGACUUUUAUGUCACUGUGUAUCGAGCAGUGACUUCAGGAUUUCAUGACAUGUUGUAAUGUCUAGAUAUUUAUGAUAAUACCUUUAUCAAGUGACAUGUGAGGUGACUUGCAUGUCUUAUAAGCCACAAGAUAUCCGGCAAUACACGUGCACAGGUAAUGGUGUUAUAAUAAGAAUCUGAAGUUUAAUAAGGUUUUCAACAUUGAUAUCAGCUUUACUUCUGAUUCUCUUGAAGUAUUUUGAGAAAUGACAAAGCUUAACCCAUAGCUAAUGAUUCCAGUAGUUUAGAAAUCAGCCAAUUCUGAGAUAGAUGCAUCUCUCAUUUUUGUAUUUUGUGUGACUCUGCAUUGGUAUUACAAUUUUUGUUUAAUUGUUUACUUGCACAAAUAUUGCUUGACAUGCCCACUGAAGGUCCUUAAUAUCCUAAUAAGACAAUUGUUAUAGAAAAAGAAAUUGAAAUUGGUUAUUGAUGAUUUAGGGGGGAAAAAUUAAAAAAAUAAAUUAGCAAAGUUAAUAAAGACCAGGUACCUGAAAAGUUAAAUAGGGUGAUGUUUGUGUGGUUCAUUAUAUUUCUGUGCCAUUUUUUGCCAAUCAAAAAAUUAUUAAUGCCUUUUUUUUCUCCUUAAGGUUAGCUUAUUGAAAGGCAAAUGAUAUAAGAAGCAAACACACACACACACACACACACACACACACACACACACACACACACACACACACACACACACACACACACACACACACACACACAUACACAUACACAUAUUUUCACUCUCAUAAUCAGUCACUCUCAUUUGUGCACACUCAUUUUCACUCACUCUUACAGUGUCUUCUCAUUUUCUCACUGUCAUUCACUCUCCCUCUCUCACACCCAUACUCAUUCAUGUUUGCUCUCUCUCACUCUUACUCUCAUUCUCAUUCUCUCUCUCACACACCUUGUCCAAAAUCCCAGUUCCUCUCCCUCUAUUAGCAAGUCCACAUUUUCAAAACUAUCUGUGACCGUGUAUUUAUCAUAAAAUAUCUAUGCAGUUAUUCUCCUAAAGCCCUAUAUGAAUAUAAAACUGAGUAAGCUGUUGUGAGGUAUUUAAGAUUUUGGUAAUUGCUAAUUAUACUAAUUUGGCUAUGUAUUCUUUCUCUCCCUUGCUUUUGCCUCUUCACUCCAUGCCUUUUCUCUCUCUCUCUCUCUCUCUCUCUCUCUCUCUCUCUCUCUCUCUCUCUCUCUCUCUCUCUCUCUCUCUCUCUCUCUCUCUCUCUCUCUCUUUGUCUCUCUCCCCCUCCCUCUCCCCCUUCCUUUUUUAUUGCUUAGAAGGAAAAAUUUUCCCCAAGUACAAAUCACAAACAUAUUUAGUGUGGGAAAACAAAGACAUUACUUAUAAACACGGAAGAGAAAGGAACUACAAAACCUAGUUAGUGUAAAUGCGUACCAUUAACAUAGCAUAUGUUUAGUAAUAAUUGCAUGGUUACUCUCUAUUUUUAAUUAUUUUUUCUCUCAUAUUUCUGUUCCUCCCAUUUUUUUUUUCUGCACUAUUGUUCUCUCCUAACCCUUCUUUGCUAUUUCUUUCCAAAUUCUGUUCCGUUAUUUCCCCAAAAAAUUUCUGUCUAUAAUUAGUUUUGAAUUCCUUCCAUGUUUUGUUUUCCAUAGUUUCUUUGAAUUCCAUAAUUAUCUUCCUUUUUUUUGUCUAUUUUUCCUUGUUUUUUAUUUUCUCAUACAUUCUUUUUCUUUAUUUUCCAUUCAUUAUGGCUUUUGUCCCCAAGUGGAUUGUCUAACAUAUCCCUGAACAAGAAAGUUAUUACACCUUUUAGCACAACCAUAUAAAUCUUGGAUCACAUUAGGAAGAACAUUAAUAUUUUUUUUGUCUUUGACAUGUACAUAUGAAUCAUUUUAGUUUUUUUUCUUUUCUUUUUUUUAAUCACCUAGAGCAAAGAAGAAAGAUUUCUCAUAGUGUUUAAUGUGACUAGAACAUAUACAUACCAUAUAAUAUUAGUAAAAAAAAUAAAUAAAUAGAUAAAUAAAAAAAAAAAAAAAAAAAAAGGAAAAAAGUAAAAAUCUAUAUACUACGAAAGCUAACUGCUACGUAAUCAUAUGGAGUGGCAUUACAGUUGGUAGAAGUUUGUAGCUUAUCUUACUUGAAACUCAUAAUGACAAAGUGACUAUGAUUCUAUCGAUAACAAUAAUAUCUAAGGAGUAAAAGCAAUUUGCCAAAUAUUGAUAAUUUAUUGUUCCAAAAUUUAUUUGCAUAUGUGAUUUCCAGUCUCAGGAAAUAAUUUUAAUCAGUGAUAGUGAACAAAUUUUUUCAUUUAACAUAAGUACCCCAAAGGCACAGCAUAGCAUCUCGGAAUUUAUACCUGUUAGUGCUAACUACCUGCAGGUAUUAAACUUUAUGGAUUUCACCGCAUAUAAAAACAGAAUAGCAUUACCAAUAUGCAUUUCUUUAAAUGAUCAAUGUGGAAUGAUAUUACAAAGCUUUUUUUUUGUUUGUUUAUUUGUUAGGAAGAAGUCAUACAUAUGUUUUCCUAACAAAAAACUCGACAACCAAUAUAUUUGUGUAAAUAUAAUAUACAUAAGCAUUCAGUGUGCUAUUCCUUCUGUUAACAAUAUUAAUAUUCACCAGCUGUCUUUCACUUGUAAAUUAGAUUUAUUUGGCACAAUGCAAAUAUUGUUUCUGUGAAACAUAAUAAACAAUUUAUCUUAGA